UUAAUUUCGACCAAGAAAGUCUCCUUUUCCAUUUUAUUUCUUUUCGCAUUUGUACUCGUAUAUAUCCCAUCCCGUCCCUACUUUUUCUAAUAUAUCAUGCAAUAAAGACCAGGCAUAAUAAUGCACAGCAAACUUUUAAACCCAAAUACAGGGUUGAUGAAAUAAGCUUCAACAAAAACUAUAUAGAAAAAUGCGUCACGAAGUCUAUGGACCAUAAACCAUUUAAUCGCAACCACGAUAUCUUGCCUUUCAAUUCGAUCCUCUAUUGUACCUGCCUUGCGCGACAUAUACGUGAAUCUCUAAUCGACUUUUAUCAAGGAAACUCUUAUCAUUUGAGACCGGUGACACAACUCGGCCUUGCAACGCCAAUGCGAAUAACGAUGAAUGUGCAUGGAAAGAUCGAAUAACUGAAUAUACGGAUAUUGUCGAGAAUCUGCUCGAGAAAGGAUUUUCGGACAUUGAUAAUCCUUGUACGGGCUCCCACAGCAGGAUGUUCUCUUAUCUGCGACCUCACCGGCGCACAUCGACCCCUUCAUCCCCCAAAUCAGAGGUGCCCAGUUUCGAGCCUCCGGCACGUUCAGCGGACCAUGGCCAUCCGCCACGACUCCAAGAUGUUAAGUACGAAGAUGAACCAUCGCCAAUCUCUCCCUCACCUCACCUACCUCCCAUCGCACGAGUUUCGAGCGUGGGGUAUGGAAAUACAUUAGAGAAUUUGAGUUUCAAUGGGAAGAUAACUACAUAUGGUCAUGAUUCGAGUAGGCAGAGCUGGGUGGAUACGAAACUUAACAAUGCGCGGAAGAGAAGUUCGGAAAAUGGAACCAGUCAGAAAUCACCACUAUACACGAGCAAUCAGAGCCCUGAUUCUGCGGGAAAUGCAGGACCAGUUUCUACGAGGAAUACUGGAUUUGACCAUUCAAAGUCACAAUCCAAUGCCGUCUACGAUGCAAGUACGAAGAAGCAUGUUGGGCCGACCACCCCAGAUCUAGAUAUCAAGCCUACUGGGAGACGGCCUACGGGUGCUCGAAUACCUUCCCCACCCCUCGAAGCGCCUCCUCCACAAUCAUCUAAAGGAAGGCUGAAGAUGUUAAACCCCAUGGCUCUUCUGGCUCGACGGAGAACAUCUCAGGCUAUAACCCAAUUAACUCCGGAAUCACUCAUUACAAGCUUUAGCUCAAAGGAGAGUUUUGAUCCUCGAAUUAAAGGGACGGUUGUGCACGAUUUCAGUGCUCCAAGAGGACCGCGACGGAACGCAUCCCACAAUGAUGCCAGCGUUUCGGAUGCGACCAGGUCAUUUCAAAGAAGCCCUUAUGCAGAUUCGACCACGAGUGAGAAAGCAGGAAAUCACACACCCGUAUUUACCGAGAACUUUGAGGAGGAGCAAUAUCCUGCCGCAGGGCCUCAUGUACGGAAAACUAACGACUUGUCUGAUCUCACUGCUCCGAAGCCCGCGUAUGCGCGAGAAGUUCAGAGACAAGCCGAUCAAGGCUCGGCUCCGAAAGUCACCGAUGAGUUACAGACUGGAGAUCUGAAGAGGUUGAGUGCACAAAAAUCCACUUCAGAUGUUGCAUCCGGAGUACCACUAAAAGACGAAACCCCUGUUCAGAUCGAGUCAAAACGAAUAUCUGUUGGUCCUGCAUCAACUCCACCUAAAGCACAUCCAUCGUCGAGAAAGGGCGGACGGGCACGAAAUGUGUCCGACGCUUCAGCAAAAGACGCCCUAAAACACAUGAAGAGUACAUCUUCGAGGUUUAGUUUUGAUAUGAUAGGAGCUGCAGAACAGGAAAGGCUACUUGAAGAUAGACAUCGCCAGAAAGCAAUGGAGAAAAAGAACGACCCGGACAAUAAUGACGAUCAACAAAUUUAUGACGAGGACGAUGACUUUAACUAUGAUGAUAUGAUGGAUGAUGAUGGAUUGGAGGAGAGAAUACCCGGCGUCAACGCUGAUUAUGAUGAAGAUGAUGCAUUUGAAGGAUUCGACGGUGGAUAUGAAGAAGAUGUACCAGGUAUUAACACUAUUAGCUUGGAGGAAAUACAAGAAACAGAAGAACAGCAAGAUAUGGAACAAGCCACGCCGGUUGAAGACGAAGCGCAACCAGGUCUGCUGGAUAAGAAUGUUGCAGGCUUCACAUUUCAACCACACGUCUCUAGUCCCAUGAGCCCAUAUACUCCUGGGGCAGCAACAACACCUCGGGACUCUGAUGGUCAAGUUAUUGGAUUUUCUAUGACGAAAUACUCCCCCUUCCUUCCGUCAGAACCACCCAAUUCGGUCUUCACACCAAUUUCUCCAGAUGGAAAUAUUUACCCUCCAGAUAAGCAACUGACUGGAGAGCAAUCAACCUCAGAAGUGAAUCAUCAGGGUCUUGGUAUACUCACCCAGAAUUUACAUGAAUCACGGGAAGAAGUCGUACAGCAGCAAAGUUCUAAGUCGACCUCGUUUCCUCCAAUUUCAGGACUAGAUGAUGAUGAUCUAUACUUUGACGAUGGAAUGAUUGGUUUGGAGGGGGAAGCUGAUCAAGGUGGAAAUGCGGGCGCUUUUGAUGAAUCUGUAUUUGACAACAACGACACGGAUCAAUAUGGACGACCCAUAAAAGACCAGUUCAUGGCUAGACAAACAUCUAAUGCUGUUUCAACCAAAGCUGCCGGUAUAUUAGAGGAAAUAAAAGAGGACACACUCUCACCAUUGUCUCCGACGGUCAAUCGUCCAGUUGGAGGUUUAGCACCACAACCAUCCUUUUCCGAAAACAGACCCUCGGACGCACCCCCAGCUCAAACAAUAACCCAAUCUUUAACUCAAGACAAGCUUGCUGAAUAUCAGGCUUCACUUGCAGCAGCUGCUUUUAGUGCAGCGGCCAGUGGAAAAUUCAGACGUGAUAGCACACAGAGUAUAUUUCACAUUGACUCGGAUCGCGAAGAAAAUCAACCUGGCUUAGUUACGGAUUCUGGUCAUACCUCUUCCCAAUAUGAGCAUUUAUCCUCAUCUUAUGAUGAUUUUGAUUACGAUGAUGCACUAGAAGAUGAUGAAUUCAUCGCUGCUGCCAAUGCAGAAGCGCUGGCUAACGAUCAAGAUGGGUUUUAUGGUCAAGAAUUUGGGUUUUACUCACAUCCUGCGGCUAGCUCGGCAGAGUAUAUAAAUGGUGGGUAUUUUGGUCCAAGGGGAAUGGAUGGAAUGAUACGAAGUCAAAGCGGGAGAAUCGCGUCUCGAGAACCGAAUCUCACGCCUAUUACUGAGCGCUCAGAAUAUUCCAAUCGCAAUUCCUUCAUGUCUAUUUCGCAUCUUCAUGCCCCGUCAGGUGGUUCUCCGAUGAUUAGUCCAGGCUUAGCACAAUUGAUGAUUGCGGAAGAUUACCAGAGGGCUUCGGAUAUGAGCUUGGAAGCAUUGUUGAAGUUGAGGAGUCGGGCGUGGGGUGGUAGUCAGGCUAGUGUGAAGAGUCUGGGCAGUAAUGGAAAUGGAAAUGGCAGCCCAAAGAGUGUCGAGGGAAGUGGUAGCCCUGUGGCUGGAGGACCACUUGUACAGCCACCUUGGGGACACCGCAGGAAGAGUAGCGCGUUUAAUCUUGUGAGUGAAGAGGCGGAGAAAGAGAUUGAGGAUACGGGAAAUUUGAUUACGAAUCAAUCGUCGCUGGAGUUGGAAGAAAAGCAAGUCCCAGCCAGAGAUCUAUCAUCAGGAAAUGAACACGAGGGAGAUGUCGAAAAGUUUAGGAGACCAUCAUAUACCAAACAACACAAAUCAAACGCGAGCGCGGAGUCUAUAAGCUACUCUAAAGAGGACGAUCCCGUCCAAGGCGAGAGAUGGGUAUUAGAAAGGAGAAGAACAGCCGAUAGCGGAGAGAUGGGAGUCUUAGGUCGGCAAGUCAUGAAUGGUGGUGCUAUUUAAGUCGCUCGGUACAUUGUCAAUGAAUAUAAGCUAUGCCUUUGCAUACACUUUUGGCGGUUUGCGUUUGCGUUUUUGUUUUUGAUAGGAUAGGAUGGGAUGGUAUGGAGGCUUCUUGUGUGUUUUAGAUGGGUAUGGUGUUUUUUUGGCAUCAUUAGGUUGGGUGGGAUGUUGUCUGAGGAGAUGCAUAUAUGUAACGUAAUACCUUGAAGGCGAAAGUUGAAAAUUGGAAGUUGGAGGUUGGAAGUUAGUAAUUUGAUAUCCGGAUUUGUGUUAUACGUAUACAGGCUGUUGUUUUAUAAGAAUUCUCGCCAAACUUUGUUUGGAAGUUUG